ACAAACAAACAGCUGGCUUCUCUGGAAAUGAAGCAUGUUCAUGUGCCCAAAUAUGCGCGCGCGCAGGUGACCAGUGAGGUUUGAGUGCGGAAGUUUGAGCGGAGUCUGUGCCAGCCGUGAGGCGGUGGUUCCGCUAUUUUUUCGGUGUUUUUCGGGAUGGGCUGCUCUUUCUCAGCGGAGACUCCGGACUCCCGGCGGCCGGAGGAGGAGGAGGAGGAGGAGGAGGAGGAGGAAGGUGAUGCGGUUCAGGUGAGUCUGAGCGCGGAGAGCCGGGAGGCAAUCAGGCAGAGCUGGAGGGACAUCCAGGAGGACAUCAGCAAGGUGGGCGUCAUCAUGUUCGUCAGGCUGUUUGAGACUCACCCGGAGUGCAAAGAUGCCUUCUUCGCCUUCAGAGACCUCAAUGAUGUGGAAGCUCUGAGGGCCAGCAAAGAGCUGAAAGCCCACGGCCUCAGGAUCAUGUCCAUCAUUGAGAAGACGGUCGCCAGGAUCGACCAGGAUGACCGUCUGGACCAGCUGAUCCUGGAUCUGGGCAGGAAGCACUAUCGAUACAAAGCCCUGCCAAAAUACUAUGAACUCAUGGGACAAGAAUUUAUCCUAGCCAUCCAGCCGGUCCUGAACGAGCGCUGGACUUCAGACCUGGAUGAAGCCUGGAAGACUUUGUUCCUGUAUAUCACACACACCAUGAAGAAAGGCUACCUGCAGGCCCAGAGAAAGAACAGCAGCACCUGAGAGCAGCUUUGACUGUGUCACAUGAUCCCAGCAGCAGCUGCAGAGAAAAGGCUUCCAAACGUGUCAUGUAGUAAAAACGUUUUCAGCUUUGAUGCUUUAACUGUAUGAACUGCUUUGCGCUGCAGGCUUUUAUUUUGAAAUUAAAAUAAACAUCAUGUGACUUUUUAUUCUGAGAUCAUCGUUUAUCCACCUGUUCCUAUUUGAUUUGAAGAUGAGGAGUUACUCUGCUGUGAUGAAGCUCGCUGUUCCUCCUCUG